CCUCAAAUCAAAGUAAAUACUUAAUGAUUUUUUUUUUGUAAAUUCAUGGGGUUUCAUGUCUAUCAUAUCACAAGUAAUGAUUGCCAUCGUUUUAACAUGAAUUGCCUAUUCAAAAUGGCUAUUAUGAGGUAGGUGCACUGAAUGCACCCGAAAAAAUGAGCGCACCGAAAACACCACUAUGUAUAUUUUAAACGAAAGCAUCAUUUCUCAUGAGCAUUGCAAUGGAGCUCUUGUUAUCACACGCAACAGUUAUGGAAGUUUUACAUAGUGCAUCUAAUUUAGCCUUUGCAUAAGAAAAAAACUGUAAUUCUGUAUACUUUCCGUAAUAUAUUUGUAUCUUAUGUAACAAUUGUAAUAUGAAAUUAUUUAACGAUCAAACUGUUGUUUUGUAUUGUAUCAAUUUUUAUUACUCAGAUUUAUUUGAAAAAAAUUAAGUUACUUCUUAAAUAUUUUUAUGAGCCGCUAAUAUUAGCCGCUGAAAUAAAAAGAAAUCUACAAAAAAAGCCCAAUGCCAGAGCCAGCCAAAACUAAAGCGCUGAGCCCACCUUUUGUAACAAUUUAAAAUUGAACCCAACCCAACCAUUUCUAGUUCAACUGUUAUAAAAAGGGUUUCGGUUGAGACGUGAGAGACAAGGAGAAAGAGGUACUCUCCAGUUUCCACAGGCGCCAUAUUUAUUUCUCCUCCGAGCUCCCAAUUCCAGUUUGGUUAUGUUCUUGUUUUUUUUUUUUUUUUUUUAACUUGCUUCCUUUGUGGAACAACACAGUUGUGAGUACUCUUGCCUCAUCUUCUACCCUUGUCGCUUUGUUCUUCAGUCAGCUAGUCUAAAGUGUAGCUAGAAAUUAGAAUAGGAUUCUUUCAAUACUUUGAAAGAAAUGAACUGAUGAUGGGAAGUUGGAACCUGAGAUGAAAAAGGCAACUAGGGUUUUCCUAUGGAACUUGAUUGAGUGGAUGGUAUUUUGGUUAUGUGUUCUGGAAUUAUAUGAGGUGUUGUUUCCCUUGUGGGGUAUGCUAAUUCUGUUAAUCAUCUGCUUGUGGUGGAAUUUUAAUAAUCUUGGGGGGUUAGUUGGAGAAUCAAUUUAGUCGGAUUAGGAUAUCUCCAUUGGGUCGAUAAAUCUUCUUUCUCCAUUGGUCAGAUUCGUUUGAUGAGCAUUUGACUUGGUUAUAUAACUUAUGACACCAGAAAUCCGGAGUUUGUUUUGUGAUUUGAAGGUCUGAUCCUGUGAAUGAUGUGAUUGUUAGAGUUGGGUUGUUUGUAUCUAGAGAUGUUUCAAAUCGUUCGAUCGAAAAAAUCGAUUUUUUCCGACCGGGUAAUUCAGACAUUUAACGCUGUUGUGUCUGUACUCUUUUUAAAUGAUUUUGCAGCCGGAGUUGGAGUACAAUUUUCUCUCGUAGAACAAACAGAUCGAGAGUACCAAUAAUGGAUCAGGAGGAGCCGAAGAUAAUCGUGAAAGUGAAGAGCCAGGCUGCUGGGAGCUCUAUGCUGUUCAGAAUUAAUCCAGCUACCCAGUUGCGUAAAUUGAUGCUAUCGUACUGCUAUUGGAACGAGCUGGUUGUAGAUGAUGUUGGUUUCUCGUGCAAUGGCCGCAAUUUGCAUCGUGAUGACACCCCUAAGUUGGCGAAGAUGGAGGAAGGUGAUGUUAUAGAUGUAGUCCCAAUAAUUUAUCUGGAGGCGCCAAAGAAGAUAUGCGUCUUUGUGAAGAACUUCGUAUGUGACACUCUAGUUAAUCAAUUAGCUCCGGAAUAGUCUCAUGUUAGUUGAAACUGAUAAGUAAUAACAAUAAUAAUGCUGUGCUUGGAGGUUGAUUAACGUAUGAAUUAAUCUGGCAACAGGACUGGAAGACUCACACGUAUUAUAUUAGGGGAGUAACACGUUUGAUCCGAGUCUAAGGGUUAUGAUUAUGAAUCUUUUACGUAAGAUGAUGACGUACAAAAUAGGUUAAGUGUCUUACAGCUUACUGAUAAGCAAUAAGCGAAAGAUAACUAG